GAGAGUGAUAGGUUAACAAGAGAGGACAAAAAACUUUUUUUUUUUUUUGCGCGGGGCUGCACAGAAAACAAAGUUAUUAGCCGUCAUGUCAAGGCCGACUCAGGUGCAGGGAGAGCAGUAAAUAAGCCGUGCUAUCUGAGGCCACGGGCUGAGCAGCGGUGCCGUCGGUUUAUUAUGGUGAAAACACUGAUAAAAUGUUUCCGUCUGACCCCCCCGGCGUCCACAGCGUCCCUGAGUCAAACGCCACUUAGUGACAAUGUCACAGAGUACAACGUCAUAUAUGACUUUGUUGAUUCAUUAACAGCAGCAGAAGGAACAGGUUUAUCUUCAGCCUGAAGUCCUCUCUGAACUGCAUCAAUGUCAUGACACUGAGGAGGUCACAUGAUCAGGCCCUGCACCUGUGGAAGGAGCCAUGUGCUUCACACUGCUGCAACAGGAAGUGAGUGAAACGCCUCAACUAACAGAUAUAUUCCUCCAUCCCUGUUUAGAGACGCUCCCUUAGCAGCAUGCCCGCAGCUAGCUGAAAUAUCCAAACGGAGCAGCAUCACAGAGGGGAGAGGGGGUGAGAGAGAGAGAGAGAGAGAGGCUGAGAGUGAGGGAGAGGAAAACGGCACGCUCCAUCAUCCCACAUCUACACUGGGGGAGAAGCAGGCAGCUUUGACUGGCUGAGGAGCACAGUCCUGAGGAGCGGGAAAAUCCAGAUUCCCUUUCUCCUCUCGCCCCGUGCUUUGAGCUUCUUUUGUUUGUUUUUUUUUUAGGAAAAAAGGGGGGGUGGCGUAACUAACAAGUGUUUACAGAGAAGCAAGCCCACUGGAUCCAGGGUGAAGAAGGAGCGAGAGGAGGAGGAGGAGAGAGGAGGAGGGGGACGAGGAGGAGGAGGGGGACGAGUGGCAGAUUUUGUACAGCUGCUGAUGCCCGAGUCUGACAGACUGAGGGGGAACCUGAGGAGUGGAGAGCUGGCACGUGUAGAGCUGUGUCUGCAAGUUCUGGACAGAGAGAGGAGACGAGAAUAGACCCACACACACACACACACACACAGCUGGACAGAUGAGGGGGCAUCAAGGACCACGCUUCAGUCCUGGGUGUGUGGUGUACUGACCCUGCCUGCCACAGGGGAGGAGUCAGAGGACCAGGGUCAUGAGUGGCUCUCCUGGCCCUGGUGGGUGUGCCUUAGUGCCAUGGAAAAAGAUGUGGCGGUGGAUCCUGGCGUCUGCCCUGGUCGCUAUGGUCACCCUGAUGCUACCUGGAAGUGGGCAGGCCUGUCCGCCACGGUGCGAGUGCUCAGCUCAGCUGAGGUCGGUGUCGUGCCAGCGGAGGCGGCUCACCAACAUCCCAGAGGGCAUUCCUACAGAGACACAGCUCCUGGACCUCAGCAAGAACAAGCUGCGCUGGGUUCAGGCUGGUGACCUGGCCCCUUACCCACGUCUGGAGGAAGUAGACCUCAGUGAGAACCUCAUCUCCACCUUAGAGCCCAACGCCUUCGCCUCCCUUCCAAGUCUCAAAGUGCUAAAGCUAAGGGGAAACCAGCUGAAGUUGGUUCCUAUAGGGGCCUUCGCCAAGCUGGGCAAUCUGACCAGUCUGGACCUGAGUGGGAACAAGUUGGUGAUUUUAUUAGACUACACUUUCCAGGAUCUGAGGAGCCUGAAACAUCUGGAGGUGGGAGACAACGAGCUGGUAUACAUAUCCCACAAGGCAUUCACAGGACUGCUGGGACUGGAGGACCUCAAAAUAGCCCACUGCAACCUGACAUCCAUCUCCGGUCAGACACUGUCCUACCUGCGCAGCCUGGUCACUCUUCGCCUCCAUCACCUCAGCAUCACUGCCCUGGAGGACCAGAAUUUCAGAAAGCUCUCCAACCUGCGCGGUCUGGACAUUGAUCACUGGCCGUACCUAGAAUACAUCUCCCCGCUGAGUUUCCAAGGCUUGGACCUCCGCUGGCUGUCCAUCACCAACACCAACAUCACCUCUGUCCCAUCAGCUUCCUUUAAGAACCUGCUCCACCUCACUCACCUCAACCUGUCCUACAACCCCAUCACCACACUGGAGCCCUGGGCCUUCAGAGACCUGCUGAGGCUGAAGGAGCUCAUCAUGGUCAGCACAGGCCUGAAGACGGUGGAGCCUCAUGCCCUGGGAGGCCUUCGACAAAUCCGGGUCCUGAACUUCUCCCACAAUGCCUUGCAGACUCUGGAGGAGGGUUCCUUCCACUCUGUCAACAGUCUGGAGACGCUCAGAGUGGACGAGAACCCUCUGGUGUGCGACUGCCGUCUGUUGUGGAUCCUGCAGAGACGCAAGACCCUCAACUUUGACGGCAGGGUACCGGUGUGUGCAGGGCCGGUGGAGGUGCAGGGGGUCAGCCUCAGCACCUUCACCGACUCUGCACUCUUCGACCACUUUACGUGCCAGAAGCCCAAAAUACGCAACCGAAAGCUGCAACAGGUAAUCGCUCGUGAAGGCCAGCAAGUGAGUUUUCUGUGUCGAGCUGAAGGAGAACCCACGCCUGCUAUUGUCUGGAUUUCCCCACAGCGCAGACGGAUCACCACAAAGACUGCAGGACGGAUUACCGUCCUCCCAAGUGGAACCCUGGAGAUUCGCUACGCCCAGCUUACUGACACUGGAACGUACAUCUGCAUCGCCAGCAACGCCGGAGGCAACGACACGUACUUCGCCACACUCACCGUACGUGGUCAGCCGCUGGACGCCGCGUCGGCCUUCUUCCUCAACCGCUCGCUGUACAGCAGCGAAUUCCUGAACGACACCAAUCUGAACAGCACUCGCGUUUUUCUCAAGUUCACCUUGGACCUCACCACCAUCUUGGUUUCCACGGCGAUGGGCUGCAUCACUUUCCUCGGAGUGGUUCUCUUCUGUUUCCUGCUGUUGUUCGUGUGGAGCCGGGGACGCGGCCAACGCAGGAACAACUUCACAGUGGAGUACUCUUUCAGGAAAUCUGAGCCUGCCACCGGAGGCACCUCAGGAGGGACCAGAAAGUUUAACAUGAAAAUGAUAUGAAACAACGCAGCCAGAGGUCCCUCGGGGGAGGCAUGAGCACGUCCCAAAAACGUGUCUGACUCACGCAAACUCACACAGCUGAUGACAGUCCUGCAGCCAUAGACGGCGUUGGCUUCAUUUAGCUUAAGAUCAAAUAUGAAUGAUAUUUGGCGUUAAAAAAAAAGAAUAUUGGGUAUUUUGAACCUCAAUUUAAUUCAGAAGUAAAAUCUACAGUAAGUCUAAUAAACUUAAAUGUUUAUCAGAGAUUGCGAUACUAUCAAAGUGAAGGAUUUGGAACCUUUCUUUGCUGGAUUCUGAUGAGCUGUGUGAGUUUGGGACGAGCGCACUGGCCGCGAGCUGCCGUGUCUGCCUCAGUCCUGGAGGGUUAACCUCUGGUGCCGGGGCAGCCACAGCACACGGUAAGAUCAACACAGUAGAGGACGAAAGAGGGGUGAGGGUCUGGUGGCUGCAUGGGAGUUGCUCGGUAUGAGGGGAGGUGAUUGGGGACAGGACACGAGCGAGCAGCCAGCCAGCCUGAUCCCUGACCUCUGCUGUGUUGAUCAGCAUCUGACCUUCACAGUGCUGCCUGGGGGGAGCAGCGUGAAGAGUCGGUUCAUGUCAGGGGCAGAGAGAAAACAUACAGUAACACUAGGGUGUUCAGAUCCACACACACACACACACACACAUUCAUCCUGCUGGUGUGAACCAUACAUGACAACACACACACACGCAGGGCGUAUUUUCUCAGGAGAAGUGGGAAAAAAACUAGCCAGCAGGAGCAGCAGCGACGUUCGAGCCAUACUGUGUGACGAGCAUGAAGCCAGAAUCAAUUCUGCCAGAGAAUUGAUGUUGAGUGAUGAAGAAACAAAAGCCAUAGAGAAUCUGUUGGUUUUCUUUCCUUGUAUAAAAGUCAGUGUGCAUGAUUUUAUGAUAUUCUAGUUGUUAUUACCACUGCCAUCGUACAAGCUGUGAUAAUGACAAGACCAUCUGCUGUAAGAAACCUGUAUAUAGUUAAACCUGCUCGCACACACACACACACACACACACACACUCCUAACUCGCUCUACGCCGACAUCAAGGUUGAAGGAACAGCAAUCGUCCGUCGCACACGCACAUUAACAUACAAAUUGACAGACGCACCACUAGUGAAGCUGCUUGAUCUUAUUCUCUCUGUCCCUGAGACGGUCGGUGCGCAAAUGUCUCUGCCUCCCCUAACCCAGUGCAUCCCCCCUCCUCACCCCUAAACCUUUCACACACCCCCACUGGGUCCUCCUUUGGGAGGGGUCCCUGGCUGGAGACCAAGGAAUUAAAAUGUAAAUGAAGUCGUGUUAACCCUACCCACACCAUGUGUAUCGUAUAGUGGAGAGUAGUACUGUGAUUUCAAAAACGUCUUGGAAAAAAAAAAAAAGACAAAGAGACAAACUAACUUUGUGUUCUUUUGUUCCCUGUCUGUUCUCAUGUUUGUUUUCUUCAGUUGUUGUUUGCCGUGACCUUCUAGCCGUCUCCCUGUUUUAGAACUCCCUGUCCAAUGUGUGGGACUGUUCUGUUCUCAAGACUGAGUAAUCUUAUUUCAAAAUUGAAAAGCUGCAGAAAACAGUGUUUGCUCACAUAUUUUAACUCCUGAAACCAGACAAAACUAUAUCUGAAUAAAGAAAAUAUUUCAGUUGCAGGAGUUAGCAUAUAGGCAUCAUUUAAACUUUGUUAAUUUCCCAUUAAUCCCAAGUGUAAAUACUAGCUUUAAUCCUGUUUUAGCGUCAUUAGCUCUGGCUUCAGUGUCAAUGUCAAAGUGAGUUCCAGUAACAGUUCUCACUCCUCUAUUACAUUAAUAUUCAACAUUUCCAGCAAACUACUAUUACCUUCUCUUUCCACAGGUCAGACCACAUAGUCAUUUUGGCUGAAAUAAACCUGGAACCUUCUGCACGGCAGCUUGGAAACCCUGCACCGUACACCAUACAUUAGAGGAAACAAAAGUUGAAUAAAACAUGAUCGGUGCUCAUUAGCAUCAGUAAGUACUUUGCUGUUAUGCAGAUGUUGGAUUUAUUACUACGGUAAAAGUAGAGGUAUUCAGGAGUACUUCCAAUAAUCGUGGAGCACUGAAAACACAAUGCAUAAAUCUGUGUGGCUAAACAACCAAGAAGAUGAAUGCUGGAUGCCUCUGUCUAAAAGUUUUCUCAGAAAACAAGUUUUUAAUUUUUUUAAUUUUUAUUUUUUUUGCAUUGUAUUGAAAUAUUGUGAGCAAUUAUUCUACUUUUUUUACCCCUUUUAAUCAGUCAUGCAGCGGCUGAGGCUCUCAGAACUUGCAAAAAUAAAUUCCACAUAUGUAUUUUUGGCCCUUUGGACAAAUGGUUGAACUCUCGACUUCUGUGUCAGGGUGAAUAAGUGAGCAGUUUUUAAAGAUUCAUCAGGCCAAAUGAGAACAGAUGAAUACAUUUGUCUGGUUUUACAUCAGCGUCAGCAGUUAGUGUCCAGGAGCUUCACUCAGUGUUGAGAACAAGACGCUGUCCUCCUGGACGUUUCCUCUCCCUGAUCUGUCCCUUCUGUGUUUCCAUCUCCUGUUAUUUCUCAGUGGAGAUUAGAUUUAGCAGACAGUGGGAAUGUGCAUCGUGAUUGCUGGUGGUGUUUGUUGUGUAAACAUCAAUCACACAUGUAAGCGUUGAUGAGGGUGUGCUUCAUUUUAUGAUCUUCUUACUUCCUCCUCCUCCCUGUCUCCUCGACCUGUCCGUCCCUGUUGUCCCCGUUCACAGUAUUAGGCUGGUGGAGUUAUGGUGGUGUGGUAGUAGACACGUGUUCUGUGUGGUCAGUGUUCUAGUUACGCUGUGUUGCUGCCUGUCGUGCCGUCGAACACGAAAGCAGUGAAUGGAUUAGCGGAUUUAAAAGAUGAAAGGGGCGACCCAGGAUCCUCAAAAAUAAAAAGAACAAAAAAAAAGUAUUCCCAUUUCACAUCCUGCCCAUUUUAAAAAAACCCAACUGGACCUUUCCUUCUCUACUGAGAGAAUCUACGGGACACUUCUCUGGAUAUGUAUGUAUGUAAUUAACCUGCAGUCACACCUCAACUGUCAACUGUUGGUGUGGUCGAGCUUUUGGUUUCUGUUUUGCUUCAAAACAGUGGCCCUUUCAUUGAAAAACAACAUUUUUUGGAGGUUUGCAUUCAAGCAUGUUUAUCUUCUGUAUUCCUGAGAGUUGAGAAACGUGUUUCAUGUUUAUACUGAACAAAUGAUGUCCGUGUUUCACAGGUGUUCAGCAGAAAUCAUCGCCUCACCGGUGCCGAAGUGAUGACCGGGAAAACUGACUCUGAUUCAUCUCUCUGCUGUGGUUCUUCACAAAGUAGGGCUGAGCAAUCCCCAAAAUCCCUCCUGCAGUUCGUCCUUGCCUUAGGUUGGUGGUGGAAGGGGGGGCGGUUAAGACGCCCCAAUUACAGCAGCAGCAGGAGGGCUUCAGGGAUACCUUUAAGUCGGCAAGUUUUCAAUAACUCUUCCUUCAACUACAAUAAUCAAUACAGCUAUCUAUCUUUAACAUAUUUUAGCUGAUUUAACAGUCGACUACUACCAGUAAAAAAAACAAAAUAGGUGCAAACAUCAAAUUAACUCAAAUUCCAAGUUGACACUGGUGACGAUUGUCCUUCGAUUGGACUUUGUCAUUCUCCCAUUUGUACAUCUUCACUCCUUCCUUUGAGUUUAAUUGGCAGUUUGCAUCGUCUUUAUUGCAUUACUGCCCCCUACUGGACAAAUAUCGUGACCACCUGUUAGGAAAAGGAGGGAGGUGGAGAAUUCAGACAGAACUGAUGUUCUAAAGUCAGCUGUACUUUACCUUUGUGACCAGUGGCUCCCUCCUCUGGAACACCUUUAUGAUUGUGUUCUCUGUCUUCAGUCUGUUGUCAUCUCCAGCUCUAUAUGAGAUCCUAAUGAGCCCAUCUCUGACUCCAUCUCAUCCAGCUGCUGCUUUGAUUUGAUUAGACUUUAGAUGAAUUACCCGAGCUUAAAGGAGCAGUAAUGGGAAGGGGGAGACGUGAGCUCGGGCAGACUGGGUGAUUACUUGGUAUAUUAGGUUCAUUUCCAUAACAGAUGUCUCAGAUCAGAUGACCUGAAUCCACCCUGACGUUUAACCUUUAAUGACCUUUAUGACCUGAGGUGGUUCACAUCAACUGUUCCUGAGGUUCUGAGGCAGAACACCUCUGUAGGAUUCUCCAAGCACCUUGAAAAUAUAACGGUUCCAUCUUAACCUUGACCAGUUUAAAUCAGGACCCCCACCUCCCUUUGUGCGUGACAUCACUGACGCCUAGUGGUCAAAAGCGUAAACGGUAAACAGCAUUCCAAUGCUCUUCAACUACCAGUUAUAUACAGUAUCGUUGGUUGUUCAAAGGAUAAACAGCUGUGGGUCAUGUAAUAUAGCACUAAAGUUAACUGAUUGACUGUUACAUUUAUAGCUCAGUGCUGAUUUUCUCUGCUGUCAUCUCUGGAACGAUGCUUUGCUUCCCCUUGUGAGAAAAGAUUUUACUGCAACAGGCCUCACUUUUUUUUUUCAAAUUAUCCUGGCCUGAGUCCUUUGAAAGUAUUCAAAUGAAGAUUCCUUGUGUUUAUUCUGAGAUGACUGAACUCCUCCACAUAUCUAUCCGUACGUAGAGGAUGUGUUCAGGCGUGUGGGCUGUAGAUAAAGUGAUUGAUAUUCCAAGCAGCGUGAUGGGACUGAUCAAUGCUGUCUGUAUGGGGGAACGGAUUAUUAAUGGCAUUCUUCCAUUGAUCUAUCCUGAUCCCUGUCACUGUCCCAGAAUUCAUGUGGACCAGCACAAGGCACGUGGAGGGAAGUCCACAGACCCGGUCCAGGUCUGAUUUGAAAUUGGCAUACAGAAGCUAUUUAAAUUCUGUGUUUGGUGGAGUGCUUGGUGCCAGAAAAUUCAACUAGAGUAAACAAGACGUAAUCUCUGUCUGACUGUCUGACUCUCUCGCUCUUCUUCCCUCUCUGUCCGUCACUUUCUUUUUCUCUCUUUUCCUUUAUUUUUCCUCCUGACACCAACCUUGUUCUUCACUAACUCUCUCACACAACCCAUCAUUGAUUUCUGAAACCCAGGAACGGGCGCUGAACACCAACACUCCAGUUUAAUACACAGCUUGUUAAACUAUAAUAAUACACUGUACUCCCAUAAUAUGGACAGCCAGAGCCCAAAUCUUUAGUCUCCUCUUUCUAACAACAACCACAGCGAGCAAGAUUACUGAUGUGAGGAUCCCUGGACGUGAGGAAGAGAAUCUGUACAUAAUAGGUCUAUUAGCCAUAUCAUGUCAUCCAAUCUGUUGACUUUUUUGCCAUGUCUGACAGAGGAAAAUGACUGUUGAACUGUAAAUAGUGUAGCUAUAGUAAUAAAUUAGGAUUCAAUCGCUGCUUCUUGUUCUCCAGGGAUCGCUCACAUCCUCUCAGUCCCACGGCUGCUUGGUCUCAUGGCGAAGGACGAAGUUAAUGAUGUAACUGUAUGUAAAAUUGUUUUUAUUUUGAACAUAUAUGUUUUAUAUACCGUCUGUCUUGUAAAUUAACUUCUUUUUUGUUAUAAAAGCAUGAUGUGAUUCUGUCA